AUGGCCGCCGAAGAUCUCCCGUCCGAGUUCGACGUCGUCAUCGUGGGCACAGGUCUGACAGAGUCUGUGGUGGCGGCCGCUUGUUCUCGAGCGGGACAACGUGUUCUUCACCUGGACACGAGGAGUUACUACGCGUCCGGAUGGGCAAGUUUCACCUUUAACGCUUUGGUGUCGUGGAUCGACGAACGACAGUCCCAGGAGGAGCGGUCGCCCGACGACCGGGCGCGGAAUCGGGCGGGUCUGUUGCGGGAAGGGGAGGAGCCCAUCCCUCUGCGUGACGCGGACGCCACCUCUGUCAGGAACUUGCGAGUUUUCUGUUUUGCCAGCCAAGACGAGGAGGAGGAGGAGGAGGAGGAACUUCAACAAGAAGAAAAACCGUGCGCAGAGUCAACGGAACCAACGGCCCACGUGCGGCAAAUCGAAGAAGAAUCACCCGCAGAGUCACCGGAGCCGUCGGCGGACGACGGCCCCCGAGAAGAUGAGCGCGCGCCGGCCGACGGCCACGCGACCGAAAGCGCCGACGGAUCGGAAGUCGGCGGGAAGAAGCCGAACGGCGCGCUUUCGGGCCGCGCGACGGAAGGCGGCGACGGAUCGGAACUCGGCGGGAAGAAGCUGACCUACGCUUACCUGCUCAAAGAAGGACGCAGGUUCAACAUAGACCUGACGUCCAAGUUGAUGUACGCUCGCGGCUCAUUGGUGGACCUGCUCAUCAAAUCUAACGUCAGUCGCUACGCCGAGUUCAAGAACGUCACCAGGAUCCUCACUUAUCGGGACGGCGCGGUGGAGCAGGUGCCGUGCAGCCGGGCCGACGUCUUCGCCAGUCGCCGGCUGUCCGUGGUGGAGAAGAGGAAGUUGAUGCGUUUCCUGACUUCCUGUCUGGAAGAAAAGGAGGAGGAACCGAAAGCCGACGUCGGUCGGACCUAUUCGGAGUACCUGCGCGAGCGGCAGCUGGGCGACAACCUGCGGCACUUUCUGCUGCACUCCAUCGCCAUGGCGACGGAGGACACGCCCGCCCCGGUCGGCCUGGCUUCCACGCGCCGCUUCCUGCGCUGCCUGGGUCGCUACGGCAACACCCCUUUCCUCUUUCCCGUCUACGGCCUGGGCGAGAUCCCGCAGUGCUUCUGCCGGAUGUGCGCCGUUUUCGGGGGCGUCUACUGCCUGAGGCAUCCCGUCGACUGCCUGCUGCUUGACAAGAGCGCCGACAGAUGCACGGCGCUGAUCGACGGGCGGGGACGGCGAAUUGCCGGCGGUCAUUUCGUGCUGGAGGACGGCUUUCUUCCCGAGCGGGCCUCGGCCGGCAAGUCCGUUUCCAGAGGCGUGCUCAUCACCGACCGCUCUAUUCUACCCGGCGACCGCCACCAGGUCUCCCUGGUGACCGUCCCUCCGGCAGAGGCGGGACUUCCCGCCGUCAGGAUGGUGGAGUUGUCGCCUUCCACUAUGACGUGUGCGCCCGGAACAUAUUUGGUCCACCUCACCUGUCCGUCGCAACUGGGCUCCGCCUACGAAGACUUGUCGCCCGUGGUGAGCGGGAUGUUCCGCAGCGUAUGCUCUCCCGAGCGAGAUUCCCGUCCCGGCAUCCUGUGGGCAUUCUACUUCAACGCGGACGACGGCGGAAGCGAGGAAACGGACGCCGAGGGCUCGCCGUCUAACGUCUACGUGUGCUCGGGACCCGACGGCGAGCUGGGCCACGAGCGCGCCAUUAAACGGGCUGAGGCCAUCUUCCGCAAGAUUGUCCCCGACCAGGACUUCUGUCCUCCCGCGCCCAACCCCGAAGACAUCCUGUACGACGCCGGCGAAGACGUCGAGGCCGCCGACCAGCAACUUCAGGUCGAGGAGUGA